GCCUCGCUGGGGGGAGGUGGAUAAUCUGACUCUGGAUCAGCUGCUGCAGCUUUCAUUCAUCACAUCCAUCAGGCCGCCUGCUCAAAGGAGCUGAACCGGGUCGGUUCUGAUCUCAUUAAACCAUCCAGAGGUUCUGAUGGGCCGGGCCGCAUUUUUACUCCAGAUUAAAUUUAAAUUCAUGUUAAAUUUAAUCUCGUUUUCAGAUUAAAGCCUGAGAAACAAACUGAUUAAAAGAAAUGAAAGAGUUUUGAUGGAGGAAACUCCUGAUGUUCUGUGGAACGGCGCCCUCUGCUGGAAACUCACUAAACUAACAAAAAGACGCACCGUCCACUUUAUUAGGUACACUGUUUAACAACUAAAUAUUUAACUACAACUUAAAUACAAGCUCCGAAAAUAUUCCAUUUCUAAACUAUAUUUAGCGCCAUAAAUAUAUAGUUCUGUGUUGGUAGAUUUAUAUAAACAUAAUUACUUUAAAACUAAAUGUUUAUCUAAUUAACAAACUAAAUAUUAGGUUUGUUAAUUAGGUGUUUAGCUCUCAGAGCUGAAUAUUCAUUUAAAAACUUUACAUUUUAGAUUUAGAUUUCAGCAGCAACAUCUUGGACCCUAACGAAACAAAAGUUUGGAUUCUGAUGGUUCUGGAAGUUUCCAUCAUACUUUAUUUUCUCUUCUGGUUCUGGUCCAGAGCCCUAAGCCUCCUGUGUUCUGGUUGAGCAGCAGAGGGCGCUGCAGCAGCAUCCAGACUGGCUCAGAGCCUUCUGGAUGCUGCGGCUCUGCGGUGGCUCUCUGCAGUGUCACCAUGGGAACGCUGCUCUCUCUGCCUCCCGGCUGCCGAUCCACCGCGGCGGCUUUGAAGGAGCCGCCGGAGGUUCCUGAGGAGGAGGAGGAGAAGAAGAAGAGGCGCUCUGUACUGCUGCAGGCGCUGCGCUGCAGGAAGCGGCUGGCGGCGCUGGGCUCCAGGGGUAAGUCGGCCCCCGAGGGCCCCAAGGUCAGAGCGCGGCCCCAGCAGGAGGAGCAGAUGUGCAUCAGGAGGCUGGUGGUUCAGGCCUCCACAGGCGAGCUUCUUCGCUGUCUGUCCGACUUCCUGCGCCGGCGCUGCGUCAAGCUAAAGGAAUUCCCGUCCAAUCGGAUCGUUGUCUGGCUCAGGAACGUGGAGCGAGCGCUGCUGCUGCAGGGCUGGCAGCAUCAGGGCUUCCUCAGCCCGGCCAGCCUCGUCUUCGUCUACCUGCUCUGCAGAGACGCCGUGGACGAGGACACGGCCUCAGAGCAGGAGCUACACGCCACCUUCCUCACCUGUCUCUACCUGGCCUACUGUUACCUGGGCAACGAGAUCUCCUACCCCAUGAAGCCGUUCCUGGUGGAGUCGAGCCGCGACGUCUUCUGGGAGCGAGCGCUGGAGGUCAUCGGGCGUCGGAGCGCCGACAUGCUGCGCCUCAACGCCGAGCCGCGAUUCUUCACCGAGGUUUUCCAGGACCUGAAGAGACACGACGACGGCGGCGGCGGCGGUGGCUCCCAGAAGACGACAGACCAGAAGAUGGACGAUUUAGACCGAUCCGCCCAGGGCUGAUGCAGCUUCCUGCUAAGGUUCCCUUGGCAACUACACCGGUACCGAACUCUCAGGACCGGUUCUGACUCACCAGAACCUUCUCAGGAACAAACAGGUCCAGAUGAAGGCCUAGACAGGACACUAGAGCACACUUCAUCUGAGUCUGGCUGUUUGCACACCUUAUGGUCCGGUAGACCUGGUUCUACUGGGGAUCAAAAUGCAACAUUUGCUACAUUUUCAGCUGGUUUGGUUCUUUCAAACUGAACUGGGUCAAACAAUCCAAAAUAGCUGAAAACCUGUUCUCCUCCUGGCCUGUGGGGGCGUUGAAGGAAACGACCGUGAAGACACUGAGCAAAACUUCCUUCUUCACCAAAAAGAACCAGAUGGAAAGAUGUCAGAUUAUAUCACUUAUUAGUCUUUGGCUAAAGACCAUGAGUUGUUUCUCCUGCUAACGCUAAGCUAGCACAUUUGUUUUGGUUAUAUUUACCCAGAAUGCCCUGCUUCGUAGUCCACUUCCUGUUUGAGGAGCAGUCUCCAGUCCGCUUGGCGUUCACAUUCAAACUGAAUCCAAACUGAAUCCAGGAUUGAUGACGCAUUGUCACUUUCCCAAACGAACCGGACUUUGACUAGGCCAAUAAACUGGAUUUGGAUUAAAGAGGAUUAAGCAGGGCUGGUGUGAAUUCAGCACAAGAUUACAACGGAUUACAACAGAGCGCCAAAACCUGAAGAACAAAACUAUUUAUUUACCCAAACAAACACAGAUCUGUGAAAACUAUGCAGUAGAUUUAUUUAUUUUUUUAGCCUGUUAGCUUAGCGUAGCUUAACUGUAUACAACUCCAUUUUUAUCACCGUUAUGCUAAUUUACUCGUCAAGUGAAAAUGAUUGAAACAUGAUAGACUAAUUAAACAACCGUUUAAAUACCUCUUUUCCUCAUCUAUUAAUUUUUUUUCAUUAUUACUAAUCAUUAUUUAUAUCAACACACCAAAUGGGACUAAAGAUAUAAAAAUACAUGAGCUGUAAUCUCAUGCAUUUGCAUGUAAAUGGUCAUUAAUAUGUAAUGUCCCAUUUAAUAAAAAUAAACUUGAAACAAUCAUCAAAAAUCAUAUCAAUGGCGGUUUUUAAACAACAAAAGGAUGAUUUCUGCAGUGUGGAGAAAAUGCUAAUCUCCUCCCACGCUCUUUUUACUUUAGUAAAUUAAGGCUUUUUUUUUACAUUUCCAACUAAAAUAAUUUAAAUAAUUAUUUCUAAAUCACUGUUGUUUACCUUGAGGCCUGUAUAUUUGUUUUACUAGUCAAACUCCAUCUCUAAUUUUAAACAAGUUCAAGAUUAGCAGUAGCCAUGUAGCCUGGUGCAAAAACAUUUUGUCAAACAUUGAGAAGUUUUAAUUAUUGUUAUCAAACGUUAUCAAACUCCGUUUUGAAUCUAAAAAACCCUCAGAAAUAUAGAAAAUUAAUUAAUUUAAAGUUAAAACUCGGUUUCACACAAAUUCAAACAUUCUAGCAUAAAUGUUUGGCUGUUGAACCGUUAGCUAUCAAGCUACUUUUCUGUUAGCAUCUCCACGAAUCUUUUUGAUAAACAUUAAAUUACCGAGACACAUUAAA